AUGCAGCUCGCUAAGCUCCUUGAUGCGGAGGAGGAUCCAGACCAAGCCAAGAUCAAGCCAAUAGAGUACUACAUCAACCAUUUUUGGAAGUACUACAGGCAAAUACAGCCUUAUCAGUCGUCCUUAUCAGCGUUCAGAACACUCGGAUUUGCAAAUACUGAGGAAGAAGCGCCUAACUCUGACGUUAAACCUAAUGGGGGCAAGAGCACGAAUACCUCGCUCAAGAAGAACAAGAAUGGCAAACCACAACGCAUGUGCGGGGCAUGGCAUUGGAAGGACAUCUCUGAUAAGAUUGCGGCAAAACGCAUAUCAGACUCGAGAUUUGACAAAAUCAUGAAGGAUGUCAUCAGAAGAGCUUCUGAAUCCUCAUACAACUCGAACAGUACCGUCUCUAAUAGUGCUAACACUGCUGAAGUACCUAGCAACUGGGACGCUGCUGCUGUGCCAUCUGGCGUUCACACCUAUGCACUGUAG